CAGCGAGAGAGAAACAGACGGGAAACUUUCUGCUGCUGGAAACACGACGGAGAGAAGAGAGAAUAUGAAGCUGAACGUAAAGAUUCAGCUGCUGAACUUUUGCUUCCAAGUCUUUAACUUCAUUUUCCUGGCUCUGGGUCUGAGUGUGUGACCUUUGACCCCUGCAGGCUCUGGGUCUGAGUGUGUUGGGUUCUGGACUCUGGAUCCUGUUUGACAGAGGAAGCCUGCAGACCGUCCUCCCCUCAGUGGAGCUGCGUACAGUGGGGGCAGGCCUGAUGCUGAUUGGUGCAGUGGUGUUGCUGGUCACUUUGGUCGGGAUUCUCGGAGCGGAAAAACAGAUCCGAGUCGUGCUGCUGCUGUACGUCGGCUUCCUCAUCGUGCUGAUCCUGGGUCAGCUGUUCGUCACAGUGCUGCUGCUCAUCAACAGAGACAAGAUUGAAGUGAGUCUAGAUCAGACGGUGGAUGACAUCAUCGUGAAGUUUGGAGCAGACAGCAGCGAGGACAGACUGAUGGACAGAGUCCAGAAAUAUGAGGGCUGCUGUGGCAGGACGGGCCCUGCUGAUUGGCUGAACAACUCCUUCAUCCAGAGGCUGAACCUGACCAAUCUGGACAUACUUCCUUGUUCCUGUUUCAAGUCGUAUGAGCCCACCGUUAACUCCUCCUGGUGCUCCGAGCUGCUCAACUACACUGGCCCACAGUUCAACUGGGGCAACGGCUCGUAUGACACGGGCUGCAAAGAGAAGGUCAGUGAUUGGCUGAAGGAAAACACUCUGACAGUCGUCAGCAUGGACGUGGGCCUCAUGUUGAUCGAGGGGCUGCAGCUCGUCCUUGCCGUGCAGCUGUACGGUGCUGUCGGCAGGAAGACGGCCGCCAGGAAAAGAGACGCGGUCAAUGAAACGAAUGACGAGCUGGACUACGGAGAGCAGAACUACGCCUACAGCGAUGGUUACACAGACCACCCUGCACAUCACCAUGACUACCAGACCUAGGAGUAAACGUACCUGGAGACGGCCAAUCAACAGGCUUCUUAAAGAAUCAAUAAAGUCAUAAAAUAUGU